AUGCAUUACGCUAAAGGAACAUUUGCUAAAGCGAAUAAAGAUGAAACAAUUAGACCAAAAGCUUGUUGUCCACGACCACCUAUUGGUCAACGUAUUCAGUUAAGUCCUGGUGAUAUUCGACAAACGAAUAAACUUUAUUUAUGUCCAGCAUGUGGUCGUACACUUCUAGAACCAGUAGGAAGUUUGUCUUCACCACAAAUGGCAUGGAAAUUAGAAGAUCGUUUCGGUGGUAAUGCCAACUCUUCAUUAUUUCCCGAUCCGAUAGGUUUAGAGCAGUCGAUUCAACUAGGAAAUGCUAUAUCAGUUGAUCAUCUUUUACCUGAUGAUAACGAGAAUAUGUAUCAUCCUUAUCGAUCAUUAACAAAUGGUAAUACAAUUGAUGGUGGUGAAGAUCAUAGUUUAAUCGGUAUGGUCAAUGAUAAUAAUUAUCAGUUAAAAACAAUUCCAUAUAAUCCAUUUAAAGGAUCAUUCAAUAAUGAAGAAGUUCCAUUGAUAGCAAUGAGUCGUUUAUCUAAGUUAUCAAAAACAAGUUCAUCAUCUACUUUAGGUUUCACAUCAGCUAGUCCUAUACUUUGUCAAUGGAGAAUAAAUGCUGCAUCAGGUGAACGGAUACGUUUAAAUUUUACACACAUGGAUAUAUCUGGACCGAUAACACAGGAUUCUAUACAUACACCAAAUAAUUUAAAUAAUUUACAUAAAGCAUAUGAAUUAAAUCAAAAAAGUAUCAAUCGUAUCUCAUGUAUUAAUGAUUAUGUAGAAAUAAGAGAUGGAUAUUAUUCUGGUUCACCAUUAAUUGGUCGUUACUGUGGUCAAAAUUUACCUCCACAGUUAAUUUCAACUGGAUCACGUCUUUGGUUAGAAUAUAGAAGAUCUGCUGGGAGUAUGACUACAGGUUUUAUCGCUGAUUAUGAAGCUAUAUGUGGUGGAGAAUUACAAAUGGAAGAAGGGACACUAACAAUGUGUUUGGCAAAUUAUUGUUCCGUUGGUUAUUCUGUUGCAUUGAUAUUUCAUUCAUUUCAGCUAGAAAAACAUGAUACCUGUGUAUACGAUUACCUAGAGGUACGUGAUGGUUUAAAAGAUACAUCCCCACUGCUGAAAAAACUAUGUGGAUCACAUCUACCCACUCCAAUUAAAUCGACCAAUAAUGUGAUGUAUGUAAAAUUUGUAUCAGAUAGCUCAGUAGAAAAACAAGGAUUUACGGCCACAUUUCAGAAAGAAUUUGAUGAGUGCAAAACUAUGAAACAUGGUUGUUCACAUACUUGUGUCAAUACACUUGGAGGUUAUCGAUGUCAAUGUGAGAUUGGUUAUGAACUACAUGCAGAUGGGAAACGUUGUGAAGAUGCAUGUGGAGGGGUAAUCAAUGAGUCGAAUGGUACUAUUCAAACACCUUUGUUUCCUGAUUUAUAUCCACCUAAGAAAAAUUGUAUCUGGAAAAUUUUGGCACCACCUAAAACGACAAUUUUUCUUAAUUUUACACAUUUUAAUUUAGAAGGUCAUAAUCGAGCAUGUCGAUAUGAUUUUAUCAAUGUUUACAAUGGUUCAACAGAUAAUCAACAGAAAAUUGGCACAUUUUGUGGUGAUCAAAUACCAGAGCCUAUUACAUCCCAUACAAAUGAACUCAGUAUUGAAUUUUAUUCAGAUACAUCUGUACAGCGUACUGGUUUCAGAGCUGUAUUCUUUACUGAUCGAGAUGAAUGUGCUGAUAAUAACGGAGGUUGUCAACAUUUAUGUCGAAAUACAAUAGGAUCAUACCAUUGCGCUUGUCGACCGGGUUUUAAUCUUUACGGCAGAUAUGAAUGCAAAGAGAACAUUAAAACUGGAUGUCAGCAAGAUAUAUCUUCACCCGAUGGGGAGAUUAUCACUCCAAAUUGGCCAAAUGAAUAUCCCGUGAAGCAGAAUUGUCAUUGGAAAAUCACUGUAACACCUGGUCAUCGAGUGAAAGUUAUAUUUGCCGAUUUUGAACUUGAGUCACAUCAACAAUGUACGUAUGAUCAAGUUAUAGCUUAUGAUGGACCAACAAAUAGUUCCGCUUUUCUUGGUCAAUACUGUGGUAGUAGAAAACCUGGCCCAAUUAUUUCUUCACAGAAUCAGUUGUUGCUUACAUUUAAUUCUGACUCAUCUGUACAACGUAAAGGAUUUCGAGCUCAACAUACUACAAUUUGUGGUGGUCAUCUAACUGCUGACAGUGUUCCGCAAACAAUUUAUUCACAUGCUAAGUUUGGUGAUCUCGAUUACGAAUCAAAUCAACAGUGUUACUGGACAAUUACACCAAAAUUAGAUAAUCAUACUGUUCUACUGAGAUUUCUUUAUUUUGAAGUAGAAGAAGAAACACUAUGCACGUACGACUAUCUUCGAGUUUUCGAUGGAGGUGAUCCUAAAGGAAAACUUCUGGGUGGUUUUUGUGGGAGAACUUUACCGAAUACAUUUUUGUCAAAUUCUGGACAACUGUAUCUUCAGUUUGUUAGCGAUGAUACAAUUGGUGGUAAAGGUUUUCAAGCACAAUAUCAAAUGAUUCCAUAUGAUUUUAAAUUACCGAAGCAUGAAAUCGAUUCACAAGUGGUAAUCAAUCAAAUACCAUCUCAUUCAUCUUCCUCCUCUUCUUCAUCUUCCUCAUCAUCAUCUCCAUCAUCAGUUUAUUAUGGUAAAAACGAAAUGUUACAGCAAUAUCAACCAUUUCAUGGUAAUCGUUAUUUAUUUCCACCAGCAUGGGGCACCGGAAGGAUUCGUUAUUUUGGUGAUAUGCGUAGUUCUGAAAUGACUGAAAAUUAUCAAUCUACCCGACCUUUUAAUUAUAAUCCGUCAUAUCAACAUGUAAAACAUUCAUCAACUAUACAACAGACAAAUCCUAUGAUCUACUCACAAAAUAAUAUUUAUCAACGUCGCGAUGGAAGACUUCCUGUUAAUCGAGAUAAUUCCCAAUUACCUUGGCGAUUUGCUUAUACCUAUCCACAAGCUAAAAGUUCAUCAACUAUAACUGCUACUAAUAAUCUUUUCAGAUCCAGUCCGUCAUACACAACAUAUAAUUCCCGUUCAUCUAAGCAAACUUCAAGUCAAAGUAAAUCACCAGCAAAAUUUCUACAUACAACCAUGCGACCAGUUUCUCCUAUACUAUCGCAAAAUGCAAUAAAUUCAAGAAAUCCACGUAUAAGUAGUACAUGGCAUGUACGACCUGGUCGUAUUGUACACCAACCUCAAUUAAAUAUCAUUAACAGAAUAAUUCAACCAAAUUCAAAAAAUUACCAAUCUUCACCACGUGAUAUUCUUCGACAAUUAAAAUCACAUUCGUAUCAACGGAAGCAAACAGAACAAAAUCCCAAAAGUCCUAUGCGUUUUCAUGUAGUCACUCAAAGGAAUCGAAGCCCACCAUUGUUUUCCGGUGGUAGCCAAUGGAAACAGAGAAGUAUGCCUUUGAGUAGUAGAUCACGUUGGGAUGAUAGAGCUAUUAAAGCAUUUUAA